AUGAAUUACAAGUUUAAUCAUGGCUAUUUUAGUCUAUUCAGCUACAAAAUGAGAAUCACGAGUGUUAUCCUGCAGCUUAUACCCAUACUAUGCAGUUUAGGGAUGGUUACCUCACUUCUGGAGGAAAGCAGAAGCUCUUCAGAAAAAGCUUUCCUUCGGGGAACAAGAGAACUGAAUGCUCCAUCUCCAAUAGAUUGUGAACUGAGCAGCUGGAGCUCGUGGGGGUCCUGCGACCCAUGCACUUAUCAAAGGUUUCGAUCUAGACGUAUUGAAAGAUUCGGACAAUUUGGUGGAAAACCAUGUCUGGAGGCCCUGGGAGACACACAGACCUGUGAAACCAGUGAAAUCUGUCCUGUAGAACCAGAAACAGACUGUGGUACUGACUUUCAGUGCAAUUCUGGUCGGUGUAUAAAGCAACGACUUGUGUGCAAUGUAGACAAUGACUGUGGAGACUUUUCUGAUGAAGAUGCCUGUGAAUCUGACCCACGAUCACCGUGCCGUAACCAUGACAUUGAUGUGUCUGAAGUUGGUAGGACUGCAGGGCAAGGAAGUAAUAUUUUAGGGAUGCAGCCAAUGGCCAACCCAUUUGACAAUGACUUUUUUAAUGGUCUUUGUGAAAGAGUGCAUGAUGGCAACACACGGACUUACUACCGCAAGCCAUGGAACGUGGCUGUUCUCACUUACGAUACAAAAGCAGACAAAACCUUCACAUCGCUAUACUACCACGACCGUGCAAAAAUGUUUCGAGAGGUCUACGUGGAAAACCAGGACCACAUUAGUGUUGACCUGUCUCUGAAAUACACACCUACUGAUGGACUCAGAGAUGGUUUAAAAGGAAAUGUCAAGUUUUACUAUGGAAAGAAUAAAACCUUAAGUUCCAUCCUGGAAAGCUCCACUGAAAGGAACCAAACCUUUCUGUAUAUAAAAGGAAAGAUUCAGCUGGGAAGAUUCCAAAUUCGGAGUCGUGAUGUCCGUCUCUCAGAUAGUUUCCUAAAUGAUUUAAAGUCUCUGCCUGCUGAAUAUGAUAAGGGGGAGUAUUUCAAGUUGCUAGAAAUUUAUGGAACUCACUAUGCAGUCUCUGGAACUGUAGGAGGAAAAUAUGAACUUGUGUACGUGCUGGACAAUUACGCUAUGUCUCUAAAAGCUGAACAUACUGAUGAUGCAGUCAUUGAUGAUGCCUUUUCCUUAGUUGAGGGGGGAAAGAUUGACUUUUCAGCUAAAAUAGAAGAAAUGUUACUACGAAGAUCAAAAAUGGUUGAUGUAGAGGAUUACGUACAGUGGGCGAAAUCUUUGGUUGAUGCUCCAAUAGUGAUACAGCAAAGGCAUUCUCCAAUACAUACACUUGUUCCAGUAAAGAUGAGAGAUGCAUAUUUAAAGAAACAAAAUUUGGAAAGAGCAAUUGAAGACUACAUUACUGAAUACAGUGUGUGCAAAUGUGAACCCUGCAAAAAUGGAGGCACUGUUGUGCUGGUAGAUGGAGCCUGUACAUGCCUGUGCUCAAGCUAUUUUAAGGGAAUUGCUUGUCAAAUUCCCAAAUCUACAUUAAUUGAAGUACCAGUUAUCAUUGAUGGAGGCUGGAACUGUUGGAGUGCCUGGUCCACCUGUGUCAAUGGAGAAAGCACUCGAACUCGCCAGUGUAAUAAUCCUGAACCAGGACCUGGUGGCAAACCAUGCCAGGGAGAAAGCAUUGAAAAACGGCCCUGUGAAGGAAAUAAAUAGCUAUGCUCCUCAAAAACAG